AUGGCUCCUGUUGUAAGCCUGCCAUUGGGCCUACAUCGCAAGUCAAGGUCUUCCCUUGCUGGCCUCUCCAUUCUCCUCGCCUAUAUCCUUGUUCGCCGCCAGCAGACUCGUGCUAAGCGGCGUGCUCGUCAACAGCGUGCUGCUGCUGGCACAGCCACUGGCAGUACUAGUGACAGCUCUGCCGGUAACAAACCUCGUCGGGUCGGAGUCGAUAGACACUUUGUGGAGCAACUCAAAAAAUUACUCCCCAUUUGUAUCCCAGGCUUGGCUAGUAGAGAAGCAGGACUCUUAGCUGCCCUUGCUACCAUCUUGAUUGCUAGAACAUGGUUAGAUGUCUGGUUUUCAGGACUCAAUGGUUCAGUUGUCAAAGCUAUUGUGUCUCGCGAUCGUAAAAGGUUCAUAGCCAAAGCAAUGAUUGAGUUUGGUCUCAUGAUGUGGCCCAUGAGCAUCGUAAAUAACUCGCUCAAGUUCACGAUUAGCGCCUUGGCCCUCUCUUUCAGAGAACGUUUGACAAAGUUUGCACAUAAUCAAUACUUGGAUGGAAUCACGUUUUACAAGGUCUCCAACAUCGACAAUCGCAUUCAGAAUGCAGACCAGCUACUUACACAGGACAUUGACAAGUUUGCAGAUAACCUCAGUCAUCUGUACUCGGAUAUCGCCAAACCUUUGGUUGACAUUGUCCUGUUCGCCUACAAACUAGGAGAGGCUAUUGGUGGAGAGGCUCCAUUUUACAUGAUUGGAUAUUUCUUCCUCUCAGGCGUGGUCCUUCGUGCUCUCUCCCCGCCAUUCGGCAAAUAUACCGCUUUGGAACAAAAGCUUGAAGGUGACUUCCGCUUUGCCCAUUCGCGUAUCAUUACUCAUUCUGAGGAGAUUGCAUUCUACAAUGGCGCUGCACGUGAAAAGGACGGUGUCAAUAACGCGUUUGAUAAGAUUUCGCGUCAUGUCAAAAAGGUCUACACAAUGCGCUUCGCUAAUGGUAUCCUGGAUUCAGUACUUGUCAAGUACUGCGCGACUAUGACUGCCUAUUAUUUACUGGCGCGACCCGUCUUUGAUCCUGCUUAUGCUACGGAGCAUAUGGGCCGUGUUUCGGCUGACCCUACCAAAAUUGUUGAGGAUUAUUCUCGAAACUUCGGCCGUCUGAUCCUUGCUGGCCGUGAUCUUACGCGGUUUGCAGGAUAUACGUCGCGCGUCUCAGAACUCUUUGAUGUCUUAGAUGAUAUCAAAAAGGGCCGAUAUGAACGAACCAUGAUAGCAAAGAAUGACACCUCAUCGUCACAGAGCCAAAGUGUCGAUACAAAUGACUUGAAGGGCAAGGUCAUUACGCAGGAUGGCGUUAUUAUUUUUGAGAAGGUGCCCAUCGUGACACCCAACAACGAUGUCUUGGUGAAGGAAUUGUCAUUCAAGGUCACUAAAGGGACAGAUGUCAUUAUUGCCGGACCGAAUGGCUGUGGAAAAUCGUCGCUGUUCCGUAUUUUGGGCGACCUCUGGCCAUUGUUUGGUGGUACAGUAACGAAGCCCCAUCCCUCCAAGUUGUUCUACGUCCCACAAAAACCUUACCUGGCGUUAGGAACCUUCCGUGACCAGGUGAUUUACCCUGAUACUAAGCAGCAGGCGCUUGCUAAAGGAUUCACGGAUGCGAAGUUGUUUGAGCUUUUAAGCGUUGUUCACCUCGGAUACUUGAUUGAUCGCGAAGGUGGAUGGGACUCUGUUCAAGACUGGGCUGACGUUCUUUCCGGUGGUGAGAAGCAGCGUGUAGCAAUGGCUCGACUGUUCUAUCAUCGUCCUCAGUUUGCUAUCUUGGAUGAGUGCACGUCUGCAGUCAGCAUUGAUGUCGAAGGAAUCAUGUAUGAACACGCGCGACAGUCUGGCAUCACUCUGUUCACGGUCUCACAUCGUCCAUCGCUAAUCCGCUACCACGAGUACCUGCUUCGGUUCGAUGGGGAAGGUAACUAUCAAUUCCGAAAACUCGGCAAGGAAGACAUCCAGCAAACCGCUUUUGGCUUUGGCCAUGGGAAAUCUAAAAAGAUCAGGAAGCUUGGUGAGGAAGAUAGGGAUGGCGAUGAUGCUGAUACAGAAAAUAGUGUGUAAAUAGGCAAUUGAAAUUAUUGUGAAGUGAGGGUGGGUCAUCCAUCCAUAAAUAAAAUAAAACUAUCAAAUACAAAUAUUUGAUAACCAGGGCCUGCAGGACCAUGGGACUUAUUAUCU